CACAGGUCGAUGACAUAUUAAAGCUAAAGAGAGUAAACAAAAUGUGCCUAAGAGUUAUCAGUAAAGGCAAAUGCAUAAUUGGACAAACACGAGGAAUAGGAAAAAAAAACUGCACCAUCAAGGGAGGCUCUGGAAAACACUUCCCUUUCAUAAUCUCUGAAUUCAGCCAAUCAGUACUCAGAAGAACCCUCCCCCCUCCAGAGUGCCCCUCCUCUGAAACUCCAUGCCUGUCUGUUUAUAGAGCACAGAGAGAAGAGAGACAGAGACAGAGACGGAGAGGGAUUGUAGUACACACUCAAUCUCAGUGAGAGAGCGACAGAGAGGAAAAGGAGGAAGACCCGUACAAUUCAGAGAGCAAAUCGGAGGAAAGGACAAAAAAGAAUCUGGAAGCGAUACCAAAAAGCUUUAAGAUCAUGAUCUUUACUUGUGCUUUAAUAUUUUCACCAGUUUCUCCAGAUGCCACGUGGACACUGGAAGCUUAAAAGUCACCGAGAGUUGGUAGCCCUAUAUGACAUUUGAACAAAAUGAGCGGACAAACUAUAUGUCUCAAAUUUUAAGAAUACUUUCUCUGGGUUCUGGAGCAACACUGACAAACAACUGUGUCUGUAUCUUCGGGAUAAAUCUAACACUAGAUUGCUUGUAUUGUGGACUGUUAUUGUGGUUACUGUGGUCUAUGUGACAUGCUAUGCGCCUGCUGCUCAGCUGAGGACAAGAUUACACUAACUGAACUGGACAGGAUGCUGACUUUCUCAAAAACAUCCUCAAGCCUGCGGCAGUGAGCUAACUCUUGAAUUAAGAUCUCUUCUGUUCUAUCCCAGAGGUCAGGAAUGCAAAACAACACCAACUGUAGAAAGGAUGGUGCACAGAAGCAUUGGGCUCAGCCUUGAGGAUGGAACAAAAACAAUUGCUUUCCCUUGGAUGAAUCGAAUGACCGCCCCUCCAACUCUCUCUACCUGAGAAUGGACUAAAAUCUGAGGCAGCACACUUAACAUUCAAAUAACAGCCAAACAAGAGUUAUGAGAUGGGAUAUUUGGAGUAACUACUGGGAACCUUAAGGAUAGGAACACCUAACCAAGACGUCCUGACGACACAAUGCUGUGCACUCAGGGUGGGGCCGCACCCCUAAUGCUGAGCUCUUUUCUGCUGCAGCUAGUCAGAGCCAAUCUCCCUUCUGGCUGCCUGAUUGCAUCCGAUAUCCUGAGCUGCACCAACCUCGGCCUCAACCAAGUCCCGGGAGAGUUGCCUGGAAUGGUGGCAACACUGGACUUCAACCACAACCGCUUAGAGCGUCUUGAGGUGGGUAGCUUCGCUGGUCUGCCCAAUCUUGACACCAUACGGUUAGCCCACAAUCAGCUGAGCAGACUCACUCCUGGAACCUUCCGGAAUACAAGCAACAUACGCCAUCUGGACCUUUCCUCCAAUCAACUGAACAUUAUAGAGGAGCACUACUUUCUAGAGUUAGUAGGAAUCAAGGAGUUACUCCUUUACAACAACCAGAUAGUGAGGGUAGAAAGCAAAGCCCUGAUUGGUUUGAUUAACCUACGCAAGGCCUACCUGAGCCAUAACAGACUUACAGAUUUCCCCUUCUUUUCUAUUCAAGAACAUCCCAAUCUCACUACCCUGGAUCUAAGUUCGAACCGUAUGCCCAACCUUCCAGUCAAAGACAUCGCAGCUCUAAAGGAAAAGGUACAGAAAGGGUUGUUCCUGCACAACAAUAGCCUAAUUUGCGAGUGCUCCAUGUACAGCCUGAUUAAACAAUGGGAGUACAGAGGCUUUACCUCAAUAACAGAUUUCCGGGAAGAGCAUACGUGUUUGCUUCAUGGCGAGCAACGUGCUAUGGUUCGUUUUCUCAAGCAUGUACGAUACUUUGAGAACUGCGUAAUAAAACUUCCAACUAAGAGAGUUAGCAUGGAAGCAGACGCUGGGAAAUCAGUGAUGCUGGACUGUAUAACAUCUUUAAAGGGAAAGCAUCUCAACUAUUCGUGGAUAUCCCCAAGUAGGGAAUACAUUGCUCCGCCUGGUAAUAGCAAUACAUUGAGAAUGUAUUUAAAUGGUUCUUUGGAAAUCUUGGUGGCAAAAGAGAACGACUCUGGGGUGUACUUGUGCAUGGUCCAUAACCAUCAGGAGUCACACAAUGAUUCUCUUGAAGUUAAUGUAACCGUGCAGCUACGAAUUCCAGAGGAGCCCUUUAACACUGGCUUUACAACCCUGCUGGGCUGCGUUGUCAGCCUCGUUUUGGUUCUUAUGUACCUCUACUUGACACCCUGUCGCUGCUGGUGUCUACCAGCAACACCAAGACCUGUGAACGAAUGCAGUGCCCAGUCGUCUAUUCUGACACCAACGCCACCUGCCACUACGGAGGGCCCCGGCCGCAAGGUCAGUAACAACAAGCAUGUGGUCUUUCUGGAACCCAUCAAGGAGGCACAGAAUGGGAGGCCGCGGGCAGCACUGGCCCUUGAGCAUCCCAAGCUGGCAGUAACACGGAGCGAUGCUGACUCUGUCACUUCCAUCUUUUCAGAUACCACUAUUGUGCCAUAGCGGAUGCUUACUGACAUCCCAACGACCUGCUAAAAUGAGCACGAGGGUCCUUCAACGUGCCAGUCUGCAACUGCACAGCUACUCAGGACAGAUUAGGGAGAUAUCAGUGAGCAGAACAGAGCAGGAAAACAUAUACAAUCAGAGAGAAGAAAGAUAUAAAAACAAAAAGACAAAAAGCUGGAGCCAAGUGCUCCCAAGAAUUACCUUUAAGGCUUGACUGAGCCACAGCGUUACGAGAGGAAGGAAUUGGUUUAAAACUACAAAAGCUGAAAAGGCUAAAAAGCUUUCCCUUCACCACUGCUUGAACCUUGAUAGAUUUACAGCUAUGAAUGCCUUGUCUAGAGCCUAUAACCCACUUAAUACUGCAUAGACCCUACUCUACUCUAGAAAUAGCAUGAAUGAUAUGGAGGAAAAUGACAAGUGCAUAAUGGAUUUCUAGUUUUUUACAGAUAUAACUAGAAUGUGGAUUUUUUUUUAGAUGUCCUUUGUAUCCCUGAGUUUCAUUUGGUGAUUGGUUAGUAGCAGUAAUUAAUUGCCUACUUUGCAAACGUAAGGGUUUUGGCCAGAGAAAAUGCAUCUAUAAAAGUAGAGAUUGCUUAUUUAAAGAAAUUGACAUGCAAUUGUGCAAAGUGGUGCUCCUAACCCAUAUGAAUGUGGAUAUCACGCUGAGGUCACACCUCAUCCUUAGUACGAAUAUAACUUGAAAUUGAUGAAUUUUAAUGAAAUGGAAUCUGUGAAAAAGCAUUCCAUGUUUCCCCUUGCUACCAACCCUUCACCUUCCACAAAUCCUUACUUUGUCCGCUUCUUAAUAAAUCCUUUUGCUUCGACCCUAGAGGUAAAUGUCUGCCUUCUUACUUUUAAUUGAAGUCUUUAUAGCAAAGAUGAACAUUCGAACUAUAUAAUGUGUGUCCUAAAGUUCCUGCUUUUCUAUUCAAGAUUAAAUCUAAACUGUGUGCAACUGUACAAAAUAGCAUAUUAUCAAAAGCUGCUGUCAACUAGAGCAUCACAGAGGCUGUGUGAUAUGUGGUUAACAAACCUAAAUGUUCAUGAAUUUCAUGGUUGCUUUUGACAACGGCAUACAAAAAUGCUCAUAUUUUUUUUUACAACGGCACACAUGAAUUUUACUGACCAAUGAAGUUGCAGCACAACCAUUAAUACUCUUUUUUUAUCUCUGGAACAUCGGGCCCAGUGAAGGGAUAGAUUCUGAUUAAUCAAGUUUGUGUGAUGAUCUGGAUAUUUGCUGUGACCCACAGAUUAAAACAUAUGGGGUAAAGGAAGAAUUUUACCACAGUACAUUACCCUUGAGCCGAAGCCAAUCUUCCUCAGAAUAACUGCAUACUAAUGAGUGUGUUCCAUCCAAACUGUACUUCUGUCACUAAAACCACCAUUAUCAUCAUCAUCAUCAUCAUCAUCAUCAACACACUGUUUUGUGCCACAAUUCUAACCAUAUCUGCAUGGACAUACAUUUUGACAUCCACGGCAUGCAUAGUUUUUACCUCGGCUCUGGAGUAGAAGAGAGUGGGGUAAGAUGUGGCACUUAUAUUCAAAGGGAUAGUUCACCAGAAAAUUAUCAUUCCUGAUUUCAUUCCAAAACGGUAUGACUUUCUUUAUUAUGUGGAACAUUAAUGAAGAUAUUUGGAGAAAAUUUGGAAAAUUGCCAGAACAUUGCCGGAUCACCUUCUGUGCGAGCGCAAACACGUCCUGGGAUUGAUUCCGGGAUUGAUUCCAGGUUGGGGACCUAGUAACAUUGCCAGGUUCAGUCCCGGACCGAGCGCUGUGUGAACAAAAGCCAGAACUGAUGCCAUAAAGGGUGUGUCAUAGUGAUAACACACAUUAUCGCGCGACUCUAUUAAUGGGUGUUUUAAAGGCAAAUAAACGUUCGCAAUAGAAAAAAAAAAUAUGUGCAAACUGUAAUGAAGAAGAGAUCAGUUAGUUCCUCACUUUCCACACUGAAGUGGAGAUUGUUCGCCAGUUUAAGUGAAAGUUAACGUGCCUAGUGCUUUCGACUCGUACAUUACACGUCACGCCCUGAUGUCACGUGUCUUUAUGGGACCUUUACGGGUUGUGUGUGAAAGCACGCACAUAUACCGUGUAAUCAAUGGCAGUGUGGAAGGGGCAAAUUCUAGCGACCCGGGAUCAAUUGCCGGGACACAUUACUCAUGUAUUUUCCGGAAUUGCAGUGUGAAAGGGGUUCAACAUUCUUCAAAAUAUAUAUAUAUAUAUAUUUUAAGGUUUAGCAGAAAAAGAAAGUCACACAGGUUUGGAACAAAUUUGGGGAUUGUAAAUACUGUGUAAGUAAAUAAAGCAAUGUAAAACAGAAUAACUAUCCACAUCAACAAUUCACAAUCCUAUAUAUAUGCAAAAUAUUCACAUUUUAAUAGUCAUCAAUAUGGAAAUAAGGCAAAAAAUUAAAUUGUAUAAAGAUGCAAAGCUUACUACCACUAUUUGUUAAGGUAUAUUUUACUUUUAAGCAUGAACAAUUCAUGGCUUAUCUUUAACUAAACAACUUUACAAAGUUUUACGCAAUGGGGAUUCAACAUGUUUAAUACAUAUUCUUCAGAAUAAAACUCGUAUGCAUUUCUUAAUCACUUGGAUCUGAAAACCAAUUUCUAAAUAAAUAUUCACAGGACCAAAACUUUACAUAAUCUGCCUUACUGGCACAUCUUACCCACACCUUCCCUAAAACUAAAUAUUUCAAACACUUGUAAUGCCUUACGAUAUUCAUAUGCUCCGAUAUACCACAUUCAAUAAUCGUCACCACCCGGAAUGCAGAUUCUGCUGGGUAUGUGUCUUUUCAUGCAGCUCUUGUUAAGAGGCUUCACGCAGUAGGGUGCAGUAGCUGCCUCUGAGCUGUGUGUGGUCCACCUCAUUAGUGUUUUAAAGCACAGGAAAACCUCACAUGAGCCUGGGGCUAACUGAAACCCAAGUUUUUGUGUAAGAGGGCUUUUUCGAUGUCAGUUUCAUGUGCAUGAGUAAUUAGUCCAUUAUUAGGAAAAUAAGAUCAAAUAAGACACAGGGUAUGACUAAAAUCUUACAUCGAUGAUGAAUCAAUGUUAACAGUGAUAAUGAUAUGUCAAGCAACAUAAAAAGAGACACAGUGUUCAAACUAAAAUACAAUGUUCUUUCUGUGAAAAUGCAUUAACAAGGGUGUUUAUAAUGCACAUAUUCACAGUACGGACCUAUCAACCACAAGCCAGGACAUCACUCUAUACUUCAGGUGAACGAAUGCAUAAGAGGAAAUCCUAUAAUCAUAACAUCUGCUGAGCUGUAAAAAACGGUCUAAAAAUGUUCAUACUCGCGCACCAUACUGAGCUUCAGAUGCCUGAGUGGGAAGAACAAUAUGGGCUUUUGUUUGAGCCACGAUAUUUUCUCUUUACCAUUGCUGCUAUAAGACACAAAACGUAUUGGUCCACAUUAGCAGCGCUCUCGUUACAGACUAUAUAUUGUUACAAAACCACUAUACACGUAAAAACGCUUUAUCAUACCAAAUCUAAAUUUUGAGAAGUGAAUGAAUGCAAAAUGUUAAGAUGAAACAAUUAGGGCUAUCAAAAUUAAAUAAAUGCAUGUGAUUAUAGAAAUAUGAUAAAGUGCAUUAAUUAUCUUAGAUAAAUUAAACAAAUAUUAAAUAUGAAUUUUUUGCAUUAUAUAUUUUAUAAAUGGUUUUUCCCUUCUAAAAUGACGAGCAUUUGGCUCAUUGGUAUUUUAUAGCCUUCUUUCUGUUAGUCCCAUUGCACUUAGCGUGAACAGUCCAUCACAGCUUAGUCAUUAACUGAAAAUGGAUCUUUCUUUUUUUAAUUCACUUCUUUCAUACAAUUUAUUGCAGAAAGGCCUUCACCAGUGCUACACUGAAAAUAAACACAUUGCUUUAGUCUCCCAUAAUGCAAACCCAUCAGCUGGAUUUUCAUUUCCUGGCUUCUCCACAAGAUUUCCACCAUUAAAGCUCAGCAGGAUAAAUCCAACAGUUUUGCCCAACAGCCUGUGAACAUGUAAAUGAGGAACGCGUAAUUGAUUAGCUUGACUCUAUUCCUGAAUGCUUUAAGCGGAACUGGAAGCACAAUAAAACAAAAUGCAUUUGAGAUAAUGAAAUAGAUUAUUUAACUACAGUGUGUCUGAGGUGUAACCUUAGCAAUUAUAAUGGAUAGCAAGGCAUCAUAAUCUUUUGGAAAAAUGCAU